AUGUGUGCAGGCUGUCUUUCACUCCCGGCCCUGCUCUGUCCGCGUCCUGUAUGUAAGACACGCCCCACCGCCGAGUACUUAAGCAGGAGUCGUCCUGGACAGCGCAGCAGUGAGGCCUGGGCAUCUGAAGCACCAUGUCUCACCUCAAGGUUGUCGCCAUCCUCGCCCUCGUGGCAACUACCCUCGCCCGACCGGAGCACGCCCCCCACCCAUCACCUUACACUCCUCCCCAACCACCCACCUAUACCCCACCCCAACCACCCACCUAUACCCCACCCCAACCACCCACCUAUACCCCACCCCAACCACCCACCUAUACCCCACCACCACCACCCACCUACACUCCACCUCCCCACCAUCGACUUAUGCCCCACCCCACCACCCACCUACACUCCACCUCCCCCACCAUCGACUUAUGCCCCACCCCCACCACCAACAUACGGGCACCAUGAGCCAACUGAGAAACCUGUCUACAACUUCGAGUGGGCCGUGAAAGACGAUUACGCCGGCCUUCACUUCGGCCAGAAUGAAAACCGCGACGGCUACAACACUGAUGGCAGCUACCACGUGCUGCUCCCCGACGGCCGAGUGCAGAAGGUUGUAUACAAGGUGCAAAAGGACGGCGGGUUGAUGGCCACCGUGGAGUACGAGACCAAGCACGAGCAUAAGGGUUACGGCAAACACCCAACUACUUACGCUCCACCUCCACCACCAGUUUAUACUCCACCACCGCCACCAUCCACCUAUGCUCCCCCUCCUCCUCCAUCCACCUAUGCUCCCCCUCCUCCUCCAUCCACCUAUGCUCCCCCUCCUCCUCCAUCCACCUAUGCUCCCCCUCCUCCUCCAUCCACCUAUGCUCCCCCUCCUCCUCCAUCCACCUAUGCUCCUCCACCUCCUCCAGCCUAUGCUCCCCCUCCCAAAGGAUCAUACCACCAAUAAGCUAUCACUCCACUCCCUAACUUCAAAACGACCAUCUGUCCCUCUCCAUCUUCUCGGCCUCGAAAUUUCAGUGUAACGUGUGUUUAUUUAUGAUUGUCAAGUAAACAAGCAGCAGAU